UCGACUAAAGGUGGACGAUGAAAAAGGAACUGCAAAGGAAUCAAUUCAGCAAGCAUCAACAGAUGAAAAGAAAAAGAAGAAAAGAAAGUCAAAGAAAGAGAAGGACGCAUCUGUUGCAAAGACGACAAAUGAACCGGUCGGACAAAGCGAUGAAAACACUACACCUCGAGAGUUGGAAAACGCAGCAACAGAGAAAACUGCUGACAGCAAGACAGCAGCAGAAGGAUCCGGCGAAAGGAAAUCUAGAAAGAAAGGCCGUGAUCGGUCCGAAAAGGAGAACAAGAAGCAUCACCAGCAGCCACUGCCGACGGCAACUCGGCAACAGAAGUUUGGCGCGUCUCUGAGCAACCGGAUGCGACAUAUGGCACGCGAUCGCUCGAUCCCAAUUGAGAUCAGCGAGUAUUCACAGACUGGCCGAGGACGCCCCUACCGACCACCGUACGUGUCAAAUCCAAGAUCGAUGAUGCUGCACACAAACACCCGUAAGCAAGAAGAGGAGCCUCUCGUACUUCCGACCGAUGACGGUGAGAUUCAACAGUAUCACUUUGCGUCAGAUCCGUACGAUUUUGAGCCGCAGUCAAAUGAAUCGGAUGGUGACCGUGUGCUUUUGGAAACGGUUAUUGAACGUCGGCCUCCCAAGAAAGAAUUAGCACCUCGUAAAGAGACUGUUUCUAGACCGUACUUGCAUCCUGAUGACCGCAAUCCGCACAACCGCAAGAACUUAUUUUCAUCAUAUCUGAAUCCUGACACAAUCCUGAAGGAAAUCGAGGAAGGAAAGUUAAUACGUGGAAAUUUACGCAUCAACAAACGCAACCGGUCCGAUGCCUAUGUUACAUCUGACAGUCUUGACCAUGAUAUCUUUAUUUUUGGCCAACGCGAUCGAAAUCGUGCACUCGACGGUGACGUUGUUGCGGUUCGCUUGCUGGACGUGGAGAAGAUCUGGGACUUGAAAAAGGACAAGAUGCGUAAACGAGAGACUGAAAAAGCGGCUGAAAAAGCAGCAGCCAACAACCACAAUGAUGAUGAUGCCAACAAAACCGAGAAGAAUAACCGAGAAAAUAACAUCGACGAUAGUUACAAUAAACAUAACGAUAGCAAAAAGACGGAUGCAGCGGAGAACAACUCGACGACACCUUCUGCUGAAGACGAUGUUGUACAAGAAGAUGAACCAAAUCUGGAAGAAACAGGGGAAGCAGAGGUGGAUGGGCCCGAUAGCUUUGAUAAAGAAGCGGACAAAGCCAAACCGAAAUAUUGUGGCGAAAUCGUUGGUAUAUUGGAUCGACCUAAAAAUCAAAAGUUUGCAGGAAUCUUGUUCGUGGAACGGCCUCAAGGUAACCGUGAACAAAAAGAAAACAACAAUGACAAAGUCAAGCAACAGCAGCAAACGAGACUCGUGUGGUUUAAACCUACCGAUAAACGAACGCCUCUUCUUGCCAUUCCGGUGGAACGUGCUCCUAUGGAUAUUUUUGCCAACGCUGAUAAAUACGAAAACUAUAUUUUGACAGCAACCAUUACCAAGUGGCCGAUCCAUGAACAACAUCCUUUCGGUGAGAUCACUGGGUUCCUUGGUCCCGUGGGUGCUGUUGUGUCGGAAACACAAGCUAUUCUCGCAGAUAAUCAAGUCAAGGAUGUACCAUUCUCAAAUCAUGCACUUGAAGGUCUGCCCAAAACGCCUUGGAAAAUUCCUCAAAUCGAAUACAAGAUCAGACGUGAUUUGCGUGAGACCCGUAUAUUCACCAUCGAUCCUUCCACAGCCAAAGAUUUGGAUGAUGCUGUUCACGUCUUGCCACUGGAUGAUGGGAACAUUGAAGUGGGUGUCCAUAUUGCAGACGUGUCUUAUUUUAUUCGCAAGUAUAGCUCACUCGACAGUGAAGCACGCGAGCGUGGAACUAGUACAUAUCUCGUCGAUCGAGUUAUUCCUAUGCUUCCAAGCUUUCUCUGUGAGGAAUUAUGCAGUCUGAAUCCUGGCGUUGAGAGACUCGCUUUCUCGGUGAUAUGGAAGAUGGAUGGUACUGGCAAUAUUUUGGAUACUUGGUUUGGAAGAACCAUCAUCAAAUCAUGUGCUAAGCUAGCAUAUGAUGAUGCGCAGAGUGUCAUUGAUGGUAACGGACUCCCCAAAACAACUAUUACAAUGGGUCAAUCUCGCCGCUCUAUUGAAGAGGAUAUCAUUUCUUUACACAAACUCUCAAAACACAUGCGAAAGCGACGUUUUGAAAACGGUGCCUUGUCGAUCAACUCGAUCCGUCUUUGCUUCAAGCUUAGCCAAGACGGCGAACCCGAAGAUGUCUGGGUUUAUGAAUUAAAGGAAGCGAAUCGACUUAUUGAAGAGUUUAUGCUUUGUGCCAAUAUGAGUGUCGCUCAAAAGAUUUGCAGCCAUUUCCCUGACGAAGCUCUUUUACGUCGUCACGAGCCACCCAUCGAAAGGCGACUGACUGAAUUUUUAAUGCUAUCUGACGAACUGGGAUAUCACUUGGACGGAUCAAGCGCUGGAAGUUUACAGGCAUCCUUCAAUGCUAUUGAGGAUGAAGAUGUGCGAUCAGUGCUUACUGUGAUGGCGAUCAAGCCUAUGCAACGUGCCAAAUACUUUUGCACAGGUACCUUGGAUAUAUCAAAGUACACCCAUUAUGCACUUAACGUUCCGCUGUAUACCCAUUUCACGUCGCCCAUUCGCCGGUAUGCGGAUGUUAUCGUUCAUCGACAACUGGAUGCAGCGCUCCGAAAUGCAGACUCGUGUGGAUACAGCAAGAAGGACACACAGGCCAUUGCCCUGCAGUGCAACCGGUGUCGCGACGGUGCCAAAAAUGCACAAGAUCAGAAUAUUGAACUUUAUCUUGCGCGCCAUCUACACACUUUGGAACAAACACGAGGACCUGUCAUUCGCUCAGCUGUUGUUGUACAAGUUAUAAGCGAUGCUUUUGAUAUCAUCGUUCCCGAAUACGGCAUUGAAAAACGAAUUCAUACAGAUGCUCUGCCUCUACACCGUCACGCAUUCGACGCGUCAUCUCUGUCAAUGGAUGUCUUCUGGAAGAAGGGUGAACCUGUGAUCAACAUGGCAGAAGGAGGUGAGGAAGACAUACCGCGUGACCGCGCUAUGUCUGAUGAAAAGGUCGAUGGUCAGGACGCUAUUGAGCAGCAAUAUGUCGAAGAUGACGACGUUGACGAUCCGCCGUGCCCUGGCAUCCCUGUUGCAAAGCCUACUGUUGCCCAAGCGGUUCCGUGUGAAGAUAUUGAUGCAUCCUUGGGAAUGCAGCGGUUUAAGGUCUUCACCACUUUCGAUGUGCUGAUACGAGUCAAUUUGCAACGGUCUCCUCCGAUCAUCAAUGUUUAUCCUAUCAAUCCAUUCGCAGAACGGCCGUGAAAAGGGCUCCAGUUGCGUCUGAAUCUUGGUGUAUCAGAUGGGAUUUUCAUUUGCGAGCAGACACAUUUGUGAGCCUAUACUUGUAUGAACCAAAUUUGCCAAAAAACAUCUUCUUUUGUUUGUUUGUUUUUUAUCGAUA